CAUGCGCACCGCAGGGAAGGCGCCGCCCGGAACCCUCCGCAGCAGUCCGGUGCCAGGACGGUGGGGCGCAGGCUAGCUGCACCACUUCCGGACUUCAGGUAGAAGUUUGCCCGCAGCUGGCUCCUGCGAGGAGGGCUCGGGGCUGCAGGUGAGUUGUAAACCUUGCAGUCGAGUACUCCUUGCUCUGAAUUUUACAGUAAAGGUGCAGAAAUAAGCAGAGAACCAACCAUACAGCGAACCUUGCCUUGCCAAUGGACCUUGUUGGUUUUGGUUAUGCGGCCCUUGUGACGUUCGGAAGUAUUUGGGGAUAUAAGCGGAGAGGUGGUGUUCCAUCUUUGAUUGCUGGUCUUUCUGUUGGACUUUUGGCUGGCUAUGGAGCUUACCGCGUCUCCAAUGACAGGAGAGAUGUUAAAGUAUCUCUGUUUACAGCUUUCUUUCUGGCCACCAUAAUGGGUGUGAGGUUUAAGAGAUCCAAGAAAAUAAUGCCAGCUGGGCUAGUUGCAGGCUUAAGAAUUUUCCACUGUGGCUAUGUUUGUGCUUGUGAUUCGGGGAAGAAAAAUGUGAUUACAGAGACUGCUUUCCAGUUUUAGGCCUGUCUGAAAAUGAUCAUUAUGGUGGAAAUAAUCAGAAGUAGGGUUUGUGGAUCAAAAAGACAAGACCUCAAAGAUAUCAAAUGCCUUUUAAAUUGCUAUCUUCUGAAAAGCACCACUAUGUGUUUUAGAUUAAUUUCCCUAUUUUAGGAAAAUGAGGGAAAUUAAUCAGUAGUUUCAGUUCUGAUGGUAUAAGGAAAACAAAUGAAACAUGUUUAUUAAAGAGAAAAAAAAAGUCAAGUCCCCAGUCAGUGAAGAGUAGCUGAGGUGGGAAUAACAACCCCUCAAAAUUGUUCCAGGAUUAUUUUUGCAACUUGCUUUACUUUGCAACCUUUUAAAAGUUUUGUAUUUCUUUUGAAAGCUUUCUUUCAUAAAGCUUCCUCCGAGAUCUUAAGAACAGCGAGUAGAACAGCGAGUUCUGAUUGUUCUCAUUCAUUGAGUGAACAUUUUUAAGUGGCUGUUCAGUCAUAUCUGGGAAGUAUGAGUACAGGGAUAAUGGGACCCCCCUGCUCCUGAAGCGGAAUCAGGGAGCGAGAAGCCUGGGAGCCAGAGCUGGGUUGCCCCUGGUGAGGAGACGCAGCCCUUUCCGUCUGCCCCCGACCCUCUCCUCACCCCCCCUACGAGCCCCCCUCCUUUUGCCUUUUU